AUGCACACCCAUUUACAGCACCUGGUCGUGAAAUGUUCCAAUAAUACGGGAGGUAUGAACGUACAGCCGGCCAAACUGGAAGUUGAUGGUGAACCCAUUUUCCUGAAGCGACGUGCAAUUCCCUACGGCCAACGUGAUGUUGUACUGCAGUCCCUUGAGAAAAUGGAGCGCAAUGGCAUAAUCACACGAGUCACAUUCAGUACGUGGGCAACGCCAAUCGUGAUCGCAAUCAAAAGUGACGGCAAAACACCGCGCAUUUGUGGCGACUACCGCUUAACACUCAACCCGCGGUUGCGAAAGUGUGCAGCUAUCACCAUGGAACCGGAGCAUUUCAUGAAAGCAUUGCACGGUAGCACAUGCUUCUAG